UCUCUAUCAAAUGCCGAUAGGAUCUACUUGGAGAAGAUGUCGCUCUGUUUGAAUUGGUCCGAGACAUACAUGUGACCCCCCCGGAAGUUCUUCUUAGCUUGUGGUGCUUGGCCUGGUUCUUCUAUCUCUUCGAGGCAUAGGAGAAUUAUGACUGACGCAGCCAAGUGAGCCUUAUCAUGUCACGCCCCUGGCUGACAGAUAUGUACCUACCUACCUAUGUCGGCAUGAUCGCCGGCGAUUUUGUGAUAUGCGGUCUAUGUAUAUUGCGCGGUAAGUACGGUAUUGCGUUUAAAUUCCCACCUUACCUUGGUAUGCAUAAUCAACUUUGCCAUCCAUCCAUCCAUCGAAAACAUCUAGAAAAGCCCGAUCAUGGCUCUAAAGGGGAGGUGGUAAUGUAUGGAUCGCCGUGUACCUGCAUCACAUAUCACACUUUCUUCUUUUCCGUGGUCAUUGUAACCUUCUCCGAGUUUUGUUUGUCUGCAGUGACAUCCAUUGCUUAUCCAGAUCGCCAGUUGGGCACUCUUUGAUAGUCCUUAUCCUGGACCUUGACCUUAUGGCCACGGUAAUAUUGAAUGCAAAAAACGGUAUCGGCAGCUCUAG